UCUUCGUCCACUUCGCGUUGACUAUGCGACACUGCUACACAUUCGCUAUGCCGUACGACCCGUUGCCGGCUCCAGCAUCUACCAAAAAUAACGAUUCAAGAUUCUAUAAAGCUGCCAUGUUCAGCCGUCACAAUUGAAAUCACCACCACCACAACAACAACCACAGUCAUUACAAUCACUUUCCUUUUUCGCUCUUUGCAGCAUCACACUCAUUACACAACCAUCUAAUCAUUCAAACAUCGCAUUCCUUGCCAAUCAACAACUCUCCUUUCCACCUUCAAUCAAAAUGCAGUUCACUAUCUCUUCCGCGUCUUUCAUUGCCAUGCUCUCCCUCAACACCCUCGUCUCCGCUGCUCCCAGCACCCCAUUGGCCUCUACCAAGCUCGCUACUCGAGCCACUGAAGUCCGUUUCGGCACUUACUACGCUGCCAUCGACCUCCUCGGCAAGGGAGACAGCUGGGGUGCAUGGGUGAAGGACAAGAACCCUUGCGACGACGCCGAGCGCGCAGACCUGGGCAUCAAGCUGAACAAGGGCAACCCCUGCGAUGUUACGCUCGAAAACAUUCCAGGACUCCAGGGCAAAUACAAGAUGGGCGGUUGUGGACUCGACAAGGACCUCUGGCUCGAGAAGGACGGCGUCAAGGUCGGCAACUGCGUCGCGGACGAGUUCAAGAACAGGUCCGUCUGCCCCAACGGCAACUGGUGGGAGCCCAAGUGGGUCUGCAACGCCGAUUAGAUUAUGGGAAAGCUUGUAGGACUGGAUUUGCAUUUCAUGGAGCGUUGAAUUGCGAUGUUUGGGUCGCAUUGGAUUUGGUUUCUUGCAUAGCAUUGUUUUCUGUUUAGACUUGUUCCCCGCCUCCUGCAUUGUUGUUGUACUCUAUCAAUCCGAAA